AUGAGUCCUCUCAAGAGCUUUGCUAACGGGGGCUUCCUUCCCACAGUCAAUAAGAACAGAAAGAUCUACGACCUAAACAACGUCCCGCUGGUGUCUGGAACAUCAAUAGUGAAAUGGCACCUCUCUCACUCCAUCAUCGCUGAGCAUCGGGGCCGCACUCCCAAGUGCCCCAUCUCCAACCAUAAGGUCGAGUACAACUACCAAAAGGUAGUCAGUCACAUCCGGAUCAGCAUCGACAAGAACAACAACUUGACCGAGUGCCCCGUCGAGUUUGAAGUACUGCAAGAGUUUUCCGGUGGCGGCCACGAUGAAAAGAUUUCGCUCGGCAAGGUGCAACUGAACCUCAGCGAGUACGUCGAGGAGAGCGAUGGCCUCACCCGCGAGAGUAGCAGCUUCGACCGCGGCCACGCGCGCAAGCGCAGCAGCGGCACUGCAAGCACGAGUCCCAAGUCGAUGAAAGCCCCCAUCCUGGAGGACCCUGAUGUCGAGGACGGCAUCGUCAGGCGCUACCUCAUGCAGGACAGCAAGAUCAACAGCACCUUGAAGAUAGGGAUUUUCAUGAAACAGCUGGAUGGCGACAAGGGGUACUCUGCGCCGCCGCUGAGAACAGCACCCGUCUUUGGAGGAAUCGCCGGCAUCAUGGCAGGCGAGCAAGUCGAGCAGGACGACGCAGGGCAAAUUCCCACCAUGGCAAAGUCGCGCGACGCGUCAGAGGUUCAAGACAUGUACCGUCGCGCCCUCGCAGCCUCCUGGUCCUGCCAGCCUGGCGAGCUCCCCGCAGACGAGUGCAUCGAGGACAUCUUCUCCGGCGGCGACGGCUGGCGCACCGGUAGGACCGGCCGCACCGGCAAGACCGCGACCUUCGAUCUCGACAACAACGGCUCCCUGAGCUCCGACGAGGGCGGCAUGGGCACUCUGCGCCCGUCAGACUUGCGCAAGUUACAGCAAAAACAAGAACGCCAGAAGCAGCAACAACAACAGCAGCAGCAGAAACAGGACCACCACCACCACCUCACGCUACACCUGCACCAAAACGGCGGCGGCAACGCCCGCAACCACUCCCGCAGCAACAGCGGCUCCAGCGACCGCAGCUUCACCACCGUCCUCACGGCCCGCGCCAACGACGGCGCGAGCAGCACGACUGCCGGUAUUGGCCGACGCGGUUCCCGGCAUGGCCGCAGGGAGCUUCGCGACGACGAUGGCCGCGGCGGACGCAGCGGGUACCCGUACUCGAGGAGCCGGAGCGGGAGCAUGGCGAGCCUUGCACCGACGAUAGGCAGCAGCGACCGCGGGCGCGACUCCCGGAGGAACAGGGAGCUGGAGGAGUUUGAUGUACGGGACGAUCUUGUGGCGUGGAGGCUCCCUGGCGCUGUGUCGUAA